AUGGAUACUGAGGUAGUGCCACCCAACAAUUCUAGGGAAAUAAGAGCGAUUUGCGAAAAUGUGACAUCAAGCAUUUAUAUUAUCAACAGUAGGGUUAAAAAUUUGAAAUUAAUUAUUGAAAAUAUUGGUACUCCCAAAGAUAAUCAGCAUUUAAGAGAUCAAAUUCAUUUAUGGCAACAAGAAGUCAAUCAAAAAAUUAAAACAUCAUCUGAUGAUGUCAAUAAAUUAAAUCAGUUGGCUAGAACGGCUAACAAGCAACAGAGGCUUCAAAUCAGCAAAAUCACCAGCCAUUGCAAAGAUGCCGUGGAGGCUUAUUGCAAAAUUCAACAGGAUGUCGUUCAAAAGUUACAAUUCAAUUUGAUAAAAAAUGCCGAUGCAUCAGGUGGUCCUCAUGACGAAUCUAGGAAUCUCAUCGAACAGGAACAACUUCAAAUGCAAAAAAAUUUGGAAUUUGAAAAUCAAUUGUUGUUGGAGAGACAACAAAGCGUUAAACAAAUUGAAAAAGAUAUUGUGCAAUUGAAUAGCGUCAUGAAAGAAUUAGGAGCUUUGGUACAUGAACAAGAAACUGCAGUCGAUACAAUCGAAAGUAAAAUUGAAUCAGCUUAUGAAGAUGUUCAAGUUGCCAAUAGAGAAUUACACACAGCUGCUCAGUAUCAAAACAAAUCGAGAAAAAGAAAAUUUUUAUUAUUAUUAAUACUCACAAUUGUUUUUAUAAUAUUGAUAGGUGUUAUCAUUUGGUCUGCUAAAUCAUAG